AUGCAACCGAGCUCCGUGCCGCGCUUGGUGGGGCAGCCGCUGUCUGCGGACGAGUACCUGUUGUCGGCCAUGGCGCUACGACAGGAUGCCCAAUCCCAUGCUGAUGCGGACAACUACCUGACCUUUGGCGAAGAGGCAGGCUGGGAUGCAGAUGACAUGUUGGCAUCCAACUUGGCUGGGCAAAGACCUGGAUUGGGCGAAUGCCUGGUGGGUACCUGUGGCUUUAUGGGCACUGGUGCCGCGAAGUACGCCCAGCGCCUCAGGGCCGUGGAGCUGAACUGCACCUUCCAUGAUCAGGGCAACGGCUGCUACGAGAAGCAGGCGGCCAGCUAUGCCAAGCUGGGCUUGCGGGUGGUGGUGAAGGUUUCUGGCUAUGCCACGCAUUCGGUAGCCCUGGGCGAUCCGACUCAAUGGUGGCCAUGGCUUCAUGCGAAGUACGCACCCUUUGUGAAUGAAGGCAUCUUGGUGGGACUGCUCUGGCAACUUCCACCCUCCUUCAACUGCACGGAGGAGCACUUGCGGCGCCUAGAAAUUUUGGGCCAGCUCUUGCGAAGCCGUUCCCAACGCACCGCCUGGCUCGAACUGCGACAUGUUUUCGAGUUCCGGCACAGCUCGUGGUUCAAGAGCUCGGCUUUGAGGGAAAUCAUGCGAAGGCAUAGCCUAAGUUUGGUGAGCCUGCAUGUGAUGAACGACACUGGAUGGGCAGGUGACCUCAACUCCGGAUGGCAUGCAUUGCCAGAUGAAACUGAUGAGGGAGACUUUGUGUACCUGCGAUGCUUUGGCGCUAGGAGUCGCAGCAUCGGUCUCUACGACAUGAGCUUUUUGAAGGAGGCGAUGGCAGUUGCGAAGAGAGCAACUUCAGCGGUGAUUAUGUUUGGCCAAGGGGAUGCACCUCAACAGGCCUUGAGCAACGCUUGGGAGUUGCAGGACCUUUGCUGCUUGUCUCAGGGCUCGUUGAGCUCGUUACCUCUCCGAAGUGGAGGUUCUGAAGUGGGGAAGCGCGUGCGUGGUGUGGUGCUCCGCCGCGGGAGGGAUGGAUUGAUCCUGGUGGACGUCGAGGGCGGCCCUCAGGGCUGUCGUACCGGGUAUUUGGGGUCCAGACACUCGCGGCGGCGAGGGCUGGGGCUACGUGCUGGCACGGUGCUGACGAAUUUACAGGUGGAGUCGGAGGAGAAGGGCCACUUGGUGUUGAGCGUGUGUGAGGCUGACACGGCGGUAAGCUGA